AGCAAAUACAACAGCAAAGAUCUGGAUAAGACCAAGUUAAAGUGUUAAUUAAGCCGGGGUAGUUUCUCUUCUCAUACGAAGAGCCGCAGUCACUCCCCUCUGAGCUUUUACUCUGGGAUUGGGGUCAUUCCUCCGCGUUUCGUCGCUCCCGGCCGAACACACCGACCUGACGGCGGCUCUCGCGGACGGCCCUCCCGGCAGGUAAACACCGGCGCGAUGAGGCUCCGUCUGGCCGGAGCCGUGCUGCUGUCGGCGGCCGCUUAUUACGUCUACCUGCCGCUGCCGAGCGGCGUGAGCGAGCCGUGGAAGCUGAUGCUGCUGGACGCGCUGUUCCGGAGCUUCAUGCAGGCGAGUGACGUGGCUCACACCCUGGGCGUGUGCCACCGUGUCCACCUGCUGAACCGGCUGGUGUCCUGGGUGGAGGUGAUCGAGGCCCGUUCCUGCCCCGCCGUGCAGGUGACAGACAUCAGGCUGGGGGGCGUGCCCACCCGGGUCUUUCAGCCAAAUGGGGGCAAGAAUCUGAAGAGAGGCGUCGUUUAUUUCCACGGUGGAGGCUGGGCGCUCGGCAGUGGCCGGAUGCGCUCUUAUGACCGUCUCUGUCGGAAAAUGGCGGAGGAUCUGGAUGCUGUCAUCAUGUCUGUCGAUUACCGUCUGGCUCCAGAGGCGGUGUUCCCAGAUCAGUACCAUGAUGCUUUGGCGGCGUCCCGGGCCUUCCUGUCCUCCGAGGUUCUGCACAAGCACAGCAUCGACCCGGAGAGAGUUUCUGUGUCUGGAGACAGCGCCGGGGGAAACCUGGCCGCCGCCGUUGCGCAAGAGCUCGCCUCGGAUGAAACCCUGAACGUGAGGUUCAAAACCCAGGCGCUGAUCUACCCCGUCCUGCAGGCCCUCGACUUCCACACCCCGUCCUACCAGCAGAACCAGGCCGUGCCCAUCCUCUACCGGCCCGUCAUGGCCCGUUUCUGGCUGCAGUACCUGGGCGCCAGCCCCUCCCUGGAGCCCGUGCUGCUGGCCAACAACCACACCGCCCUGGACCAGCCGAGCAUCAGCGCCGCCACCCGGUCCAAGCUGAACUGGACCGCCCUGCUGCCGGCCGAGCGCCGGAAGCACUUCCGGCCGGUGGUCAAGGCAACGGGCUCGCCGGGCGUGGUGGGCGAGGUGCCGGCGCUCACCGACGCCAGGGCCGCCCCGCUGCUGGCCGAGCAGCCGGUGCUGAGCAGGACCCCCAAGGCCUACGUGAUGACCUGCGAGUUCGACGUGCUGAGGGACGACGGGCUGAUGUACGUCAGACGCCUGCAGGACGCCGGCGUGGCGGUGACCAGCGACCACUACGAGGACGGCUUCCACGGCUGCAUGGUGUUUGCGUACCCGCCCAUGAUGUCCAGCGUGGGCGAGAGGAGCAUGAACAACUACAUCCGCUGGCUGGACCAGAACCUGUGACCAAAUCCUUCCACACCAGCUGCACGUCGCAGCAGAAGCUGCAGAGAAACAGAAAGCUUCUCUGCACAAAAAUCAUGAGCCACUGCUUGACCUCAGAAUGUCCCGGGUUUGAGCCACUGUGUCAGCGCUGCUUUUAGAGGAGCAUUAGCACGGAAACGCUUCUCCUCUAACCAAAGCUUCUUCAUUCCAUUGAAACCAAAGAAAGAGAACAUGUGGUUUUGUGAAAACGUUUUAGAGGUUGCUUAUUUAUCAGAAUUUCUGCUUUUAUUUAAACAAGCAAAGAGAAGGUAACUGAUUUUACACUGGAUUUUUUAUGCAUUUAUUAGGAGGUCUGUAGUUUAUCCUUCAGAGUUAGCAGAAGAAUGAUGCUGCAAGGUCACAUUUUAACACUUGUGUGCAGAAAAUCCUCUUAAAUGUGCAAUAGAUGCUGUUUGUCCCUCCAUUUGGUUCAGCCUGUGUCUUCUUAACAACAUCCCAUUCACAGAUUUGAUAGAUUAGGACAAUUUCAUCAUGUUGAUACAAUUUUACUGACUUGUUUUCAUGUUUUAAUGAUGUCUUGUGCCGGAGACAUCAGUCAGGAUAUCUGGCUUGUUUUUGUGAAUAACACUGUUUAUGGUAAUUUGGGAGGUUUGCAGGUACUGAUGUUUAAAAGAAAUGUGUUUGAAAAUGUAUAACAAUUAUUAUUACUUAAAAUUGAUAUUGUUUGUUUCUUUUGCUCAUGCAAUAGCAUGAAUUACGACAGACUUAGAGAUGAAAUGCAGGUUAAUGCAGACUAGAAAACGUGCAUUUUUCCUUAAUGCAUUCUUAUGUUAUUUGCAAAACAAAUGUAUUUAUAAAGCACAUUUGAAACAAACUCAGUGGACCAGAGCAUGAUACAAAUAUGAAGAAAAAAAGAAAAAUCAAGCAGAGACUGAAUAAUAAAACCACAAUGACUUCCUUUAAAGCUAAACCAGUCCCUUUUAAGAGACAGCAAAGCUGAAAAUAACAGUUUUCUGCAUGAUUUAAGUUGAUAUGUCCACAUUUAACUCAUGAGGAUUCUCCACCAGUAACUGAAUCAGCAUCUGUAACAAGUUAAGAUAAAUGUGAAGUCAUAUCCAGCAGUCCUUAUUACCCUCAAAAUUUCAACUGAUUCUGUCACUCAUUUGACCCUGUUCUCACUCAAAGUCUGUGAGGUCAUUUUUAAUCUAAUUUUGCAGCCAGAUAAACUGAAUAAUCUGGGUGACCUUCCAUUCCUUCUUUGGUUUAACUUCCCUCUGCUCGGGGAAACACUAAGCAAGCACAGUAUCUCUAACAUAAGAGGAGUAAGAAAUGAAACAACUCAAAGAGAAGAGUUUUAAAGCAACUGACCGAUCUCUGACCGGCGCAGAGCCACACAGCUGUGAUUUACUGUAGUUGGGCUUCGGCUUCAUUCAGGGGAUCCACUCCGUGUCAGGGUUGCAGACAGUAUACGGGGAGGGAUUUUUGGACACAGUCCAUGACCGUGUCCCUGGUGGAGAAAAGAAAAGACCUUAAACUAAAUACUUUGAUGAAUAUUUCAUGGUUCAGGUUUUGAGCUGGAAAGCCCACAUCUGUGAUGUUUCUCCAUAAAACAGGGCAUCCUGUUCUCUACGUUAUUUCUUACUUAGAUUUAUAUAUAAGAAAAUUCACGUGGAAGUCUUUACAGUUAGACUUUUACUUUUAAAUAGCUUUUGUAUGUCCAG